AUGCCGACCCACGAAGACCAGAAUAUAACCCUCACGGCUCGAUGCCUCUGCAAAUCGUCCACCUUCUCUGCUCAAUUGCCUCGGAACAAGGUGCCUCUUGAGGCGUCCAUGUGCCACUGCACGUCGUGUCGAAACGUCACUGGGGCCAUGUACAGCAGUGACACAGAUUGGCCCGGUCCAAUAGAGGAAGUCCUCAAUUCCGAACUCAAGCGUUACGAGUUUACCUCGAAUGUCCGUAUCCUGUUCUGUGGUACCUGCUCCACGCCAUUGUUCUGGCACCAGCACUACCAGAAUAAGCCGCAGAGCAUUGGUGUCUUCACUGGGGCUUUGAAAGACGUUAGGGUCAAAAAUCUCGUCAAAUUCGUGGACCAAAUAUUUGUGGGUGACACUCAAGAUGGAGGCAUUUCUCCAUGGCUGUGGAAUGUUAACCAAGAUGGUUCGAGACUCCGACUUUGGAAGGGUAAUAGGGAUAUGAGUGAAGAGUUGAGUGACAACUGGCCUACAAGUGCGGGAGGUCCUGUUCCUGGGGCUGUUUCAAGGGACAGUAUACCUAUCCGCUGUCGCUGCAAAGGAGUACAGUUUAUGUUCCGACCAAGUAAUGUGGACUUUUCCGACACGGCCCAAAACACGAUACCUUUCUACGUCGACCCAAAGUCACAUAAGCAUCUAGCAACAUUAGACCCAUGCAGCUAUUGUCGACUAUCUGUUGGGGUUGACGUGAUGAACUGGACAUUCGCCCUUCCAGCGCAAAUCGAAUUCGCACAAGAUUCCAAGGAAGGCAGUUUCCCUCGAAACACUCACGAACUGAAGGACGCUGUUCAAAGUCCCAACCGGGAUCCUCGAUAUGGUACUCUUGCCAUGUACCGUAGCUCAUCAGAUGUUCAACGAUAUUUCUGCUCACGGUGCUCUGCUUUGGUAUUUUAUACAGUGGAUGACCGCCCGGAUGUGAUUGAUGUGGCGGUUGGACUUCUCCAAGCACCAGAGGGAGCCAGAGCAGAGAGUGUCCUGGUUUGGCAUCUAGGGGCUAAGACUAUGGGUGAUGAAGAACAUGGAGAUAGCUGGAGGGAUACUUUUGCCAGGUCUGUCAACGAAACAUCGGAGAGGUGGAGAAUUGAGAAGGGACAUCCGAAGACGUGGGCCAGGCUGGCAGCUGAAGACGCCAAAAACGAAUGA